AUGCGGCGAGACGACGGCAACGAGUGCCUGAAGAAUUUCUGUCAGGGCGUGCGAGAGAUAUUUGGGGAGCACUACCUUCACUCGCCGGACGCAGCUGACUGCCAGUUCCUACUGGAUUGGCACUGGAGGACCCACGGCUUUCCGGGGAUGCUCGGCAGCAUCGACUGUAUGCACUGGCAGUGGAAGAACUGCCCAACCGCGUGGCGAGGCCAGUUCACUACCGGCUACAAAGGCCCCUCCAUCGAAUUCACGGCCAAUGGCAAUGUGCAUAACAUGGGGUACUACCUGGCUGACGGCAUCUAUCCGCAAUGGCCCGUGUUUCUGAAGACGAUCAGAUGCCCACUCGGAGAUAGAAGAAGGUAUUUUGCCCGAGCGCAAGAGUCUGCGCGCAAGGAUGUGGAGAGGGCAUUUGGGGUGCUCCAAUCGCGAUUUGCACUGGUAAAGGGCCCGACGCGCUUUUUCUACCAGGGGGAUAUUGCCGAUAUCAUGUAUGCGUGCAUCAUCAUGCAUAACAUGAUCAUCGAAGAUGAACACGAAGGCGUCCUCGACGUCACCAACGACCCAAGUGUUGCAUCAUCGAGUCACGGUGUCUCAACCGAGUCCGCCCGCCAGGGUGUACCGCACAACGAACAUGAACGGUUCCAGGCGUUCAUGGACAUACACCAGAAGGAGGCCCAUCAAGCACUACAACACGAUAUCAUCGAAGAAUUGUGGCAAGAUACAGAGCUAGUCAUUCCAUAG